AUGGCAAUACUGGAAAAGGCAAGGAUAGAGAAUAAGUAUUGUGAGACAAUACGUAGUAGUACUAAUUUGUAUGAGGUGGUUGAAUUUAAUAAAGGUUACACAGUGAGAUUGGAUAGCCAUGAGUGUGCUUGUAGACGUUGGGAUCUAACAGACAACAAAGAGGAUGCUGAGAAGUAUGUUGCUGAAUAUUACGCUGUUGUUGUCGUGAAGAAUACUUAUGAGGAUAAUAUCAAACCAGUCAAUGGUGAAGACAUGUGGAGUGACGUAGAGAAGCCUGCAAUUGGUAUUCCAGAGAUUAGGAAGCCCCGAGGAAGGCAUAAACUGCGUGACAGAAGGAAAGAGCCAUUUGAGGAUCUACAAAAACCAGACAAAUCAACAAGGCGUGGAAGAAUACAACAUUGCAGCAACUAUGGUGAAACUGGACAUAUCAUACGCAGUUGUAAGAAUGAUAAAGUUAUUGUGGAGGGACCAAAAAAUAAACAAGGCCGACUCCGAAAACAUCCAAAAGACGUGAUUCCAAAACGUCCUACACAACCAAGGAAAAAGAAACAGACCACUACAAGUAUCAGCAACACUCAGCCUGCCCAGCCGGCUGAAGCUAGUGGUUCUUAUCCAGCUGCAUCAAGUGCUCCUCAACCAUCCGUCUCUACAAAGAAACAACCCAAGAAGCGCAAGAGAGGACCACCAUUGAAGAUAUCAGAGGCCAAUACUAUUCCAACAGUUUCAGGAACUCUUAUGAGUCCCUUUACGGCUCGAGCAUUUGAUGUUUUCACAUCCUUUUCAAGGGGAUCACAUCGUCCAUCUGGCACUCCAUCAGAGCCUAAAAAACCUUAA